AUGUCCGUCAACAGUCGUCCACUGCCCAGGCGGGCAAGGGCCUUUGCAGCUUGCGAUGCAUGCAAGCAGACCAAGUCAAAGUGUGAAGGCUCGGGUGCGCCCUGUGAUCGCUGCUCGCGAUUUGAACUUGAAUGUACAUUCUCAAGUAACCCUCACGAUAAGCGCCUCAGUCGGCAGGUCGAGCGCCGGGCCAACGCUGAGCUUCAGAGGAGGGUUGGUGAGUUGGAAGCCCAACUUGCUGCUGCGUCCGCUGGCAUGGACCGAGCAAGCACCCCCAUAAGAAGCGCCGAGGUCUCUCCCCAUCCGUCCGAGAGGCCCUCCACCCAGAGCCCACGUGCACAGGGUCCUACUUCCAAUGCCUCUGCCGCAGCCUCCUCCUCCGCCGCCGCCGCCGCCGCCGCUGCUGCUGCUGCUGCCGCUGAGAAUUCGGACAAGACCGACUCCCGCAUAGACGUAUUAGCGGCCGGUGUCUUCGACCAUCCCUCGUCCGGGAGCACCAUGUGCUAUUUCGGAUCGAGCUCCAAUCACGCACUGUUCUGGUCACUCACAGCCAGCAUCUCCAACCUCGGUCUGCGCAGCAGCCGUCUGCAUCAGGAGCCGUUGAGGGCCGUCCAGUCCAGCACGGGCCCCGCCCGUCUACCGCACCCGGCAUCGUCGUCGACGGCGCACUACGGCCGCUACAGCCACGACGACACCAUCAUGCCCCAGCCCGACGAGGCUGUCGGCCUGAUCUCUCUCUUCUCCGACACCAUCGGGGCCACUAUUCCGUACAUCAGUCAGCCGGCCAUACUGGAAAUCUUUGACAAGACUCAGGAACCCGCUGCGGCGUUCAGGUCACCAAACACGCGCGCGGCCAAGGGCCUGCUGAGCAUCGUGUUCGCGCAUGCCGUCUCUACCCGGGAUGCCAGUGCUGCCGAGCCGUAUUACCGGCAGACGCUGAGCUUACUCGAUCCGAGGACGCUCUAUGCGCCUAGUCUUGAACUGCUUCGCGCGCUGCUGCUCCUCAGCAUCUUCCAGCAGAACAGCCAGAGAUCGACUGAGAGCUGGACGACCCACUCACUCGCCGUCAAGGCGUCGUACCAGCUCGGUGUCCACGCGCCCUCUUCAUACGAGAAUUUGGCAGUCGCCGAGAAGGAGCUUCGAUCCAGUCUCUGGUUCUCCGUCAUCAACCAAGACAGGAUGAUCAGCACAGCUCUCGGCCAGCCGUGUCUCAUACCGUCUGCGCACGUUCGGCAUGAGAUAUUGGACAUUCUGAUCUCCAUGCGCCAGCAGAGGACAGUGGAGAUGCAGUAUUCAAAAGAGAAUAUGGAGUAUUUCCGCAACAUCGUCACCCUGCACGAAAUCAUGGGGUCCGUUGUCGAGUCUGUCUGCAGCUCCAACAUCGACCCUUCGGGCCGGCUGCCGGUGGACGACUUGGUGGGAAAGACGCUGCAGCUCUCUGUCCGGCUAGAGAGAUGGCGCCGCCAAGUAUCGCCCUCGUCUCUCGUCUCUCCGCACGUGAACUUCAGCAGAUGGUCGGCCGGUGAUUUUGAAGCGCAGAGGAACUCGAUACUGACGACGAUAUUCUACUACCGAACAGCGCUGCUGAUUCACGGCCCUCUGCUGAUGACCAUUCUCGAGGAAUGCACGAACAAGGCCCAGGGUCCUGUGCCCCAUGUACUCGCGUACUCCGCCGCUUGCUUGUUGAACGACGACAUGAGGGCGGCCAACGCUUUCCGCCAUCUGAUAUGCGGCAUCUUGGAACACAACCCAUCGUUCCUGAAGCGCAAUUCGGUGUGGUGGACCUGCAACUAUGCCGCACUCACCAUCUCUCUCCACACCUUUGCAUUCUGGCUGUCAUCGAAUUAUUCCGAGGCGGCAUUCAUGGCCAACGGGCAGAGCAGCUCCGACCUUGAAAGUCGCCUACGGACCUGUCUGGACAUGCUGCGCGCGAUAGGCGCAACCAGUGCGAUGAGCGUCAAGGCCCACCGUUGCUUGCAGCGCCACCUUGACGUCUUAAAACCCGGCUUAUCGUCGUAUCACGCGGAGUUCCACGGACCGGGACCGUCACCGAGAGAUGGCAUGGAGCAGUUCCAGCCAACGUCACUUGACGUGAAUCACAAUGCGCUGAACAAUCAGGCGGAGAGCACGAUCCUUGACCAGGGUUCCAUGGCCGGUGUGCUGAGCGACAUGAGUAACUUCCCGACGUCCGGAAACGUGGAUUGGCUCGACCUGGACCUAGGCAUCACUGAUUUCGAUGCGACCGGGUUGAUAUAG